AUGACCUAUGUCCGGCGGAGUCCCUGCCUGAUGACAGAUCAGAGGAGGCCUGUGGCGACCCGCGACAUUCUCUGGCUCACCAUCAACAACAUAACAGUAGUAAACUUCUAUCGACAACCGCACUACGAUGAAGCACUGGAGAUGCUCCUCCAGUGGACCACACCAGGAAGGUGCCUAGUAGCAGGCGACUUCAACGCCAAACACAGUAGCUGGCAAACCGGCCGGCUCGAUGGCCGAGGUGACGACAUCGCCUUUUGGGCCUCUGAGAACGGCCUUAGCUUGCUCAACCCUGCCGAUGUGCCAACGAACCCACAUGGCAACACAAUAGACCUCGCCUUCUCCAACAUACCACUAUCCGAAGCUGUCGUGGAGGAACACCUGGCCACCAGCUCUGACCACUUCACGCUCAGCGUGACACUCGCUGACCUGGCUCCGGCCUCGGUGCCGCUAGGAAAGGUCCGCCUCACCUCUGACGACGAGCUCGCUCGUUUCGCCGAAAUGGUCGAUUCCGGAGCAACAGCUAUCCCGGCCGCGGCCUCGUCUCCCCAAGAGCUUGAUUCCCUGGCGUUGGCGCUCGUGGAACUUCUCCAACUGGCAGCCAAGGCCGCCGGUCGCCCGUCCGCAAGGGGCACGCAGCGCGCCCUGGUGGACAGAAGAAUGCGCCCUCGCCGCGGCGGAAUACCGCGCGAUUAG